GUCCACCCCAGGGCAGGCUCGCGCUAGUGAUGACGCGACCUCCGCACGCGCACGAGCAUGCAUUCAUUGGCCGUGGACAUGUGAGAUUAGAUGGAGGUCCAUCAGCUGGGGUUCUCGUGCUCAAGAACUGCUGUGUUUUACACUCCUCUCCAUGCGAUCCCUCGCUUUAUCAUCGGCCCUCGUCCGCGUCUCGCGCGCUGCCUCCGCCGCGAUGGGGAAUUAACUAAAGUUGCGCGCGAGCACCGGGAGAUGUGAAGGAUGUAAUCUGAGGGAAAAUCGGAUCGUGUUUCAGUCAUGCAGGAGCAGAGGAAGAUGAAGAUGAAGAUCCCACAGGACCUGCUAUCAAUCGCUCUUUUCUAAACCCUUUCCACCGAGACUCUUGAGGAUGAAAUCGGAGUGAGUUCGGAUCCAUGUCAUGAUGGACGUGUUCAGUUUCGUGAGGAGCCCCAGGACCAAAGCCUCGAGCUGUGCGUCGGGUCCCGGCAGCUGGGCCGCUCAGGGGCUUCAGGGGCCCAAUGGCUGGGAGAUGGCGUCCGCUAGAGAGGCCCGAGACUGCUACAGCAAUCACCUGUCCCAGUCCAGCUCUCUGGAGGAGGUCCGGGUGGAUGUGGAGAAGUUCGUGCCUCCAGCGCCCAGAAAGGUUGAAAUGAGACGCGACCCGGUUCUCGGCUUCGGCUUCGUGGCGGGCAGCGAGAAACCAGUGGUGGUUCGAUCCGUCACUCCAGGAGGUCCUUCAGAAGGGAGGCUGAUCCCCGGAGACGAGAUCGUGAUGAUAAAUGAUGAAGCCGUGAGUUCGGCUCCGAGGGAACGGGUCAUCGAUCUCGUCAGGAGUUGUAAGGAGUCGAUCAUCCUGACGGUGGUUCAGCCGUACCCUUCGCCCAAAUCUGCCUUCAUCAGUGCGGCUAAAAAGGCCAAGCUGAAAUCCAACCCGGUCAAAGUGCGCUUUGCUGAAGAAGUCAUUAUUAACGGACAAGUGCCGGAAUCGGUGAAGGAUAACUCUCUGCUCUUCAUGCCAAACGUGCUGAAGGUGUAUCUGGAAAACGGACAAACCAAAUCCUUCAAGUUUGACUGCAACACCUCCAUUAAGGAUGUUAUUCUGACGCUGCAAGAGAAGCUGUCGAUUAAAAGCAUCGAGCACUUCUCUCUGAUGCUGGAGCACAAGAUGGACGGAUCUGCAACCAAACUGAUGCUUCUUCACGAGCAGGAGAUGCUGAUGCAGGUCACUCAGAGACCAGGAUCACACAAGAUGAAAUGUUUUUUCCGCAUCAGUUUUCUCCCGAAGGACCCGGUGGAUCUUCUGAGGAGAGACGCCGUCGCCUUCGAUUACCUCUACGUCCAGAGCUGUAAGGACGUGGUUCAGGAACGCUUCGGCUCCGAGCUCAAAUACGACACGGCUCUCCGUCUGGCGGCUCUUCAGAUGUACAUCCUCACGCUCAGCACCAAGCAAACGCAGAAAGUGUCUCUCAAGUACAUCGAGAAGGAAUGGGGUUUGGCCCAGUUUCUGCCUCCAGCGGUUCUGUCCAGCAUGAAGGAGAAGAACAUCAAGAAAGCUCUCACACACAUCCUCAAAACCAACCAGAACCUGGUGCCUCCUGGGAAGAAGCUGACGGCGUUGCAGGCGAAGGUCCACUACCUGAAGUACCUGAGCGAUCUGCGGCUGUACGGAGGACGAGUGUUCAAAUCCACGCUGGUCCAAGGAGAGAAACACACGGAGGUGACGCUGCUCGUGGGCCCGCGGUACGGCAUCAGUCAUGUGAUCAACACCAAGACCAAUCUGGUGGCUCUGCUGGCCGACUUCAGCCACGUCAACCGCAUCGAGAUGUUCACCGAGGACGAGCGCAGCGUGCGCGUCGAGCUCCACGUCUUGGAUGUUAAGCCCAUCACACUUAUAAUGGAGUCGAGUGACGCGAUGAACCUGGCGUGUCUGACGGCCGGCUACUACAGACUGCUGGUCGAUUCACGGCGCUCCAUCUUCAACAUGGCCAACAACAGCAGCGCUGCGGGACAUGACUCAAGGAUCAAGCACAACUACCAGGCAAUCGACUGGAAUUACGUUCCAAGUGGCGAAUACGACGACCCCCACGCCGAAUACCCCGUCUGCGGGCGAAGAGAGUGUGAUUUUGGCCCCAGCGUCUCUGAAAUCCACCAGUCGCAUCGUCUGCACGUGGAGGACAAGGCGGAGAGGGCGAGCCGGGGAAGCCACGUGCACCCGCAGCCCUACUUCAGCGUCCCCAAAGGCAAACCUCAAGAAUCGCCCAGAAGCGCCAAGGUGUCCUUCAUAUUUGGCGAGCCGCCGCUGGAGUGCGUGAACCCGCAGAACUUGGGAUACCAAAGACUGAUGGAGGACAUCCCAGAAGUGCUGGAGGAGCACCGGUACAUGUACGCGCAGCAGAAGGACUACAAGCCCCUGGAGGCAUCGAUGGAGGUGGACGGCUUCCAGUACGGCUCCCACAUGGUCUACGGAGACGCCAAGAUCUUCGGCACCACGGAAGGCAUCGAGGAGCCUCUGCUGCACGACAUCUGCUACGCCGAGACUACGGAUGACGCCGAAGACGACGACGACAUCAGCUGCGAGGAGGACAUGAUGAUGAUGAUGAUGGGGGAGAUGAAGGACAAAGCUCACUCUCUCCUGUCGCUCUCGGAGUCGAGCGACGACAUAAUCGACCUCACCUCGCUCCCUCCGCCUCCUGAAGGGGGCGACGAGGAGGACAACGACGACCUGUUGGAGUCGCUGAACUUGGCGAUCGCCGCUCCGCCGCCCGGGUUCAGGGACAGCUCGGAUGAAGACGACCACCAAGACCGGAAGAGCAAAAACGACAUCCCCGUGUCGCUGAUCGACUCGGUGCCAACGGUGGCGGGCGGGAGCGAGGAGGUGUUCAACGACGCUGUCGUCUCCACACUACAAGCUCUCGAGGCCUUGGCCGCCUCCGAGGAACAGUCUCACCCGCAGUCGGACAAUAGUUCAGGUGUAGAAAUAUCUCGGUCCUUUAGCCCCGAGUCCUCUUCUGAUUCUGGGAAUGAGACAAAUUCCUCCGAAAUGACGGAGAGCUCAGAGCUGGCCGCGGCUCAGAAACUCUCCGAAAACUCUCUGAAAAUGUUGGUAGCCACUGCGGAAGGCUACCAAACUCUAGCCGAAGAGGAGACCGAGUUUCGAUUGGCGCCGCGUCGAUCCCUAGACGAUCCCCAGUCCUCCGCGCUUCACUCGGAUCACUUCGAGAUGGAGCCGGAAACGAUGGAAACCAAGUCGUUGACGGACUACUUCAAAAAAAUGCACAGGGAUGUGAUGAUGGGAAUGCCGAAGAUCGAGGAGGGGAAACCGAGCGCUGAUGCGGAAGCCUCUCAGAUGAACGUCGCAGAAUCAGAAGAACUUGUCGGGAUCUACAACAACUUCAAUGGACGAGAUUCCCAGCGUUCGAGUCCCUUCGACAGGGAUAGGAUGUCUUAUGCAUUUCACGAAAGCAAUCACAGAUUGCAUAUGCUUCGGAACGAUAAAUCCGAAGAGCACAUUUACUCCGAAGUGGCUGGCGACAGCGGUCCAUUGCACGCAGACAGGGUAGCGCAAAAAGCCACUUUGGAGGAGUCAACGGACUUGAACACGAGUUCCCCCGCCAAAGAACAAUAUCUGAUCGAGCGAUCCCGGAACGAACCCCAACAGAGCAAGCCGGCUUCCUCCGAACAAGAAGUGGCGCGGUUGUACGAGUACCACUUGUCCAAAAGGCUGUCGUCUUUACAGAGCGAGGGGAAUCAUUCCCUGCAGAGUUCCCAGUGCUCGUCCAUCGACGCCGGCUGCAGUACGGGAAGCAGUACGCCGAUGGACUCUCCUCUGUGCACGGUAGAUAGCGUCCAUCUGCACGCCGAGUCCUCUCUGAAAGGCCAGAGUGUAGAUGGAACGUUUUUGCGGAAACACCACGGACAGGCCGGCUCCGAGUCGGGCCGGGAGGGAUGCCAAAGGUUGCCCAAGAUCAGAGAAACUACAGUCUAGCACACUGCAGACGGAGACACAGCCGAAGAUCAUCUACUCUCACGAAUCGUCCAUGUUCAUCACAGCACGGGUUCCUACGGUCCACCAGGGGCGAUCGCAGGUCCGGGACGCUCUCGGCCUCGGACGCCCCGCUCUGGAGGCGGAAAGGGAAUCUUUACAUGACAACUAUUGGCUCAGGGAGCAUUGACACUUUUUAUGGAAACCGCAACAGAUGGUCAUAAUCAUCCGAGCCGAUCACAACCCUGCCCUUCUUAAAGUCAACAUGAAACUCAUUUUACUUCCAUACCGUGAUAUUUAGUUGCAUCCACGGGGGUUUUGUUGGAUUGUGAAGAGUGGGCAUGGAUGGAGUCUAGUGGCUGAAAAAGAAAAGGGAUUUAUUGUUAUUUGUUAGCGCUGCAGUGAUGCCAUAUUUUUGUAAGUUUGCAUCAAAAAACACUUUUCCUUUUGGAUUUCUGCAGACCAAAGCUUACACGUUUUGUUCAUCAUGAUAAUCUUCAUAAACUAACACAACUUUUGAAGCCUAAAUACAGUCGGCGCAAGAGCUAAACAUAGGCUAUAAACGAACCACACCGCCGUCGCAUGACUUUAUUAACCUUCACCGGCUAUUUCAGACUUUUCCCUGAAAGUUCACGAUAGAAUAGUUUGCAAGAGCGCGAUUAUAUACUGUGGAAGCGACUAGUGUGUAGAUGAGUUUCGAGGAAAGUAAAAGCUUUGAAAAAUCACAGUGUUACUAAUGUCAUUUAAUAUAGUGAAUCAAUAUCACACAUAGAGUGUCUUUUUUUCUUCUUCAAAUAUCAGCAUGAUUACAAAUGUGAUAUUGAUUUCCUACAACAGUCGAAGAAACAAAAAGUUAAUAUUAAAUUUCAGACACAGUAUUGCCUAUUUGAGCUCUUUUUCGCCAAUAUAAAUAGUUUAAAUAAUUCAAUGACUCACUCAUUAAGAGUCAAAUGCAUUUCUGAAUGAAUCAUCCGUUUAUUUGAACAAAUCGGUUGAGUGAAUGAUUCAGUGACUCACUCAUAUCACUGCUGCCACCUACUGGCGGUUUUAAUUUCACAUUUAAAAUAUCUUCAUGAUAUUAAAAAAUAUCAUCAAAUAUCACCAUAAAAUCAUUAUGAAUAUCAAUAUUCCACAUUUUGUGUUUAAAACUUCAAAAGAUUCCUCUGAGCUUCAUUAAACAGUCUCUAUUACAGACAUUACCCAUACAGGUCGAGUUAGAAUAGUUUGCGCGAUUAUGAACUGUGAAAGCGACUAGUGAGUAGGCUAGAUGAGUUUCAAGGAACGUAAAAGCUUGAAAAAAAUCAUAUGAGUGUGUUACUGAUGUAGCCUAUUUUACGUCAUAGAAUAAAAUAUGAAAAUAUUUAAUUUCAGCCUUUUAAUCCAUGGCUUUACGUGCUAAAUUACGUGCAACUCGCUUGUGGGUUUAUGCUACAAAAACACGUCAUCCCUGCAGCAAAUGUGCACUAAGAAAGUGAGUCGGGUAAAUGUUGAUUUCUUGUUGACUUUAAUCGAAGCGUGAGUGAUUGAUUGACAUACUGACGUCAGCACUUCUUUGCCACAAGACAACCUUUCCAUUUAUAUUGAGCAUUGGAACAAGGCAAGUCCAUCUCUUCCUCUUUCGGAUGACUCUUGCUCACCUAUAGGUCUAUUUUAGCCACAGUUGUGUGCGAGUUCUCAAGCCUGCAUGUUCAGGGUCUAUGCUCUGGUUUUUUUUACGCUGCGAAAGGACAUUUCAAAGUAGUACUUGGAGCGAUUCAGGAAGUCACUUUAUAUUCGUUGGCGUCGAGGCUUCGGGAAGUUAUUUUGCUGACCAAAUCAAAACUACAUUUGCUGUUUUAGCAAUGGCCAAACGUGGAGAGUCACUGCUUUUCAUUUCGCCAUAGUAAAGCCAUAUGAUAUCACACGUGUCAUCAAGAUUAUCUGGCCAUUGCAACACUGUGAUAACAGUGCUUGUGUAUAUUUUGUGUAAUAUGUAAAAUGAAAAGGGAGUAUUCUACAAUACAUAGAAUUUUUAAAAGACGAUAUAUAAUAUCACCACACCACUUGAUGGAUGCAUCCUUUUUUGUUCCAUGUGUUUAUUUCAGUCGUCAUAACUGUCAAAGAUAAGACAUUUUUGCCACUGUAAUUAUGUUCGCAACUUGCACUGUUUAAUUUGCUGUUUGGCUAAUGCAAACAACAUAUAAAGUCAACAUGUAGUUCCGUCAUUUGACGUGUUCUCGAGCGCAAAAAUGUGUUGGACAAUCAGGAAAUCCUGAUUGUCCAACACAUUUCUGCGCUCGAUGAUAAAUCGUAUUAUUAUUCGGAAUAAUGAGCACGGAUGAAUCAAGACCGGGAAUGUCGAUUUUGAAUUCUUGUUGAUUUUAAAUGAUAAGCGUAAUGUAUUUUCUUUGAAUCAUCUUCAUUAAAUAUUUCAGCUUGGACA